AACGCCUCCAGUGUAACGCGGGAAAGGCUGUUGUGUUGCUUCUGAGUUUUUUUCAAACGAGCCGCCACCGCCGCGCGAAACCACACAUUUUACGGAUAUUGUUAUGAACAGGGUCUGCAAAUGACCCUUUCUUUUGUUUUUAGCUACUUCGCGCUGACCUGAGAUAGUUUAUCCUCAGUCAGAAUUAAGUCUUAAACCUGUGGCGCGUGCGGACCGGAUGAAGAAGCCUUGAGCAGCAGUUACUUACAUGGUUAUAUGCGAGGUUUGCCUCAGUAGCUACCCAGCAGUCGUUAGCUUCGACACAAAGAGCUAAAAGGCUAAUUGCCGCUUAAAGACCUGCGUUUGGUACGAGAUGGACUCCUUUCAGAAAGUAGAGAAAAUUGGAGAGGGCACGUAUGGGGUGGUUUACAAAGCCAAGAACAAAGUGACGGGAGAAACUGUCGCUCUGAAGAAAAUCAGGCUGGACACGGAAACAGAGGGUGUACCAAGCACAGCCAUCCGGGAGAUAUCGCUUCUCAAAGAACUCAGUCACCCAAAUAUUGUCAAAUUACGCGAUGUUAUCCACACCGAGAACAAGCUCUAUCUUGUUUUUGAGUUUCUUCACCAGGAUUUAAAAAAGUUUAUGGACUCCUCCUCAGUCACUGGUAUCCCACUGCCUCUAGUAAAGAGCUAUCUUUUUCAGCUGCUGCAAGGCCUGGCUUUCUGCCACUCUCACAGGGUUCUCCAUCGAGACCUGAAGCCCCAGAACCUCCUCAUCAACGCCCAGGGUGAGAUCAAGCUGGCUGACUUUGGCCUGGCAAGAGCCUUCGGAGUACCCGUCCGCGCAUAUACACAUGAAGUGGUAACACUUUGGUACAGAGCCCCAGAAAUUCUCCUGGGCUGCAAGUACUACUCCACAGCCGUUGACAUCUGGAGUCUUGGAUGUAUCUUUGCUGAAAUGGUCACCAGGAGGGCUUUGUUCCCCGGUGACUCGGAAAUAGAUCAGUUAUUCCGAAUCUUUCGUACUCUGGGGACGCCUGACGAGACCGUCUGGCCCGGAGUCACAUCCAUGCCUGACUACAAACCAACCUUCCCCAAGUGGGCUCGGCAGGAUUUAUCAAAAGUGGUGCCUCUUCUUGACGAAGAUGGAAGAGAACUGCUCGGGGAAAUGCUGAACUAUGAUCCAAACAAAAGGCUGUCUGCCAAAAAUGCUCUUGUGCAUCGAUUUUUCCGUGAUGUCUCCAUGCCACUUCCCCACCUCAGACUCUGAGUCGUGCAAAAUAACAGGCUCUUUUAAUGCCAGCUAUAUCUAAGCAAUAAAGACUCUCCAUGCUUCAGGUUCAUGACUCAAAUGGACGGGAAAAAGUGGACACUACAGAACACAUUGGAUUCUUCAGUAACUAAAACCAGCCCUCGAGAAGCAACUUGUCGUGAGAGUUUCACUGUUUCAAUGUUUAUCAUAGUUUUGAGGAUUUAAGUGUAAUUUUCAAUAUAAUUAUUUUGCAUAUUUAUAUGCAACUUGUCAUAUUUGAUGUAUUUAUGAUGGGCUUUGAGUCAGCGCAGGUUGGAUAGACCCAUUCUAUUUGUAUACCAUUAUAGUUCCAAAUUUUAAUGGUAUGUUGUCUUUAGCAUGUCCAUCUUGAAGUAAUAGGUUAGAAUUAAACGUGAUCAAACAAGUUUGUGGGGUAGUGCAAAUAACGGUGGCUGAGCAGCAGCUGAUUACGAUGUGCUGAAGUUGUCGCAACAACUGAUGUGAAUCGGUCACAACUGAAACAAGAGAGAUGAGAUGAAAGCAGUGGUUUUCUAGGUUGGUUUGAGUCCCUGUUAUCGUUAAUUGAUUUUAAAAGUGCACCUUCAUUUAAUUACUGGUGGGAUUCAGGUUUAAUGGCAGGAUUACUCAGCAAACUCAGUCGGGUAUAAAAUUGUUCCAAAUGUAUUGCAAUUCAGAUUUUAUGUAACUGUUGCCUCUUUUCUUACUGUCAAUUUUAAGCCGUUUUUAUAAAUGUUUAUUUACAGUUUGGAAAAAAUAAACUUGUCU